AUGGGAGGGGACCGAAAAUUGGAACAUGGUUCCGAGGUUGCACCAAUUUUCCAGAGCCAGAUUAAUAAAUACCCACCACGUGCUGAUGGGAUCAUGGAGUUAGGAUCAGACUUAGACAUGAGUGACUCCAGCCAUAGCCACAAAGCUUCACCACUCACUAGAAAAGAUCUUGAAAACUUGUUGCAAUACAUACGACUAAGUAUCGCGGCAGAAUUCACCAAACACCUCCCAUCUAUUAAAGAGCAGACCUCACACGAAGUGCACGAGACAUUGAAGACAAGAUCAAAUAAUAUCCGUGUCUCCACAGUCUGUGUCGACAGAGAUCUUUUCAUCCAAG